AUCGCAAAGCGCAGAGCGCAGAGUCAGACUAGAGUGAGAGUCAAAGCCGCCAGAGUCAGUGUCAGUACGCGCAGUACGAAUUCUGCUGUCGUAGGGAGUGUGCUGCUUGUUUCGUGCAUCUUACGUCUAUUCUCCUUUCUUGUGAUUUACUACUAGAGGAGGAUCAUGGCUAUUUCACUCUCCACCGAAGAUAAAUUAGAAUAUCAGUUCUAUCCCUGUGCGAGUGGCCAGCUGCAAUUUCGGAUCAAAGCCCCUCACGAUGCUCACAUAGCACUUACGACAGGCCCUCACGAAGGAGAAACUAUGUACGAAGUGUUUAUCGGUGGUUGGAGCAACAGCAAGUCUGUAAUACGUAAAAAUAGAACGAAGCCUGAUGUCGCUGAGGUAGAUACACCUGGCAUUCUGAGCGCUGAUGAAUUUCGUGGAUUCUGGAUUAGAUGGCACGAUGGAGCUAUAUCAGUAGGCAAAGAAGGAGACCCAAGCUCAUUUCUCACGUAUGCCGAUCCGGAACCGUUCGGUGUUGGUUACUUCGGAGUGUGCACCGGUUGGGGCGCGUCCGGAGAAUGGAUGAUCGAAGGACGCGGUCGCUUGUCGACGCGGAACGAAUUAGUGUACAAUUUUUCCAACGUGAGAAGCGGCGCGGUGGUUAUCGAUGUGAGAGCUAAGAGCAACGCGCACGUCGCCCUGUCCAGCAAAAAAGGCGAAUCGAGCCCAAUGUACGAAAUCAUUCUCGGCGGAUGGGAGAACAAAGCGUCCGUAAUCAGAUACGAUCGCAAACAACCAGAUAAGGUGCGCGUGGACACGCCGAAUCUGUUGAGCGAAAACGAAACGAGGAAGUUUGCGAUCUGCUGGCUCGAUGGCCACAUCACGGUCAGGGCCGGCGGUCUUAACGGUUCCACGAUCAUGGAUUGGCAGGAUCCUAAGCCGAUCGGCGUGAGCUACGUGGGCGUGCGCACUGGUUGGGGCGCGACCGGCAAAUGGAAACUUCAAAACGUACUCUUCCCGUCCAAUCGAACUCCCAGUUUUCAAAACACGAACGCAUCUGCUCCACCCGUGGAAGGAGUGCGGGACAUUGGAGAGUUCUGCUGGUGCCAAGUAUCCGACGGAAUAAUUCCUCCAUCAGCAGUCGAGGGCGGGAAUGAUGGUGGCGAGCCGUUGUAUGUGGGCCGAGCGAAUCACGAAGGUGCUAUGUUGCCUGGCAAAGUGAAACCAGGGCACUCAGUCUGCUAUGUAGCUUGGGGUGGUGGCGAGCACGCGAAGUCUGAAUACGAGGUUCUCUGUGGUUGUACUCCUGCCUGGGUGCCAACGAGCGGAAACAACAUUCCUUCCAACGCGAUUCCGGCCGGUGAAACGGAGGAUGGAGAGUCGCUCUUCGUCGGCCGCGUGCAUCAUGAAGGCACCUUGACGAUCGGCAAGAUCCAACCCUCGCACAGCGUUUGCUACAUACCGUAUGGCGGUGCCGAGAUUGCAUACGCCGAUUACGAGAUUAUGGUCCGACAAUAAAGAAAGAUAGAUAUUAGCGUCA